AUGAAGUCCAGUCCGGCUCGGAUUAUGACUCAUUACAAAGGUUCCCAUUUUGGUUUCACCAUCUUCAGCGAGAAGAGCACAGAGUAUAUCCGAUCGAAACUUCUGCUGGAAGACUAUGACAUUACUGUUCCCCUUCUGACAUUCCCGUACUAUUUUGAUGCGUGGCAGAAUGCUUUUCAAAGCGUGUGGUCCGAGCCUCAAGUAUGCGCUUCUGGUGAUAUUGCUAAACUCAGACAGGGGGUCUUCCCAGAGAAUAAAGAACUCGUUUUUGAACUUCUACGUUUUUACAAACAUGUUCAUGUGGCCAACUUGAUCUGUGAUUCUAGCACUGCCAUAAACCUUUUCAACAGUUACUAUGCUUCUAAAGAUUCUGCACAAAAAUUGAAUACUUCAUACUCUGAGCUAAUGCUAAUGAGCUUGAUUUUGGCUACUUGUUUGUCUUUAGCAACAGAUAGAGAGGUUAUGGCUGCGUCGAUGUGUGGUGAUUGUCCUUCGUUGAGCCUUCUCAGCACUUCACAAUUAGUGAGCCUCCAGGAGGAGAUGUUCAUGAAUUCUGUUUAUUAUUAUCACAGAAUAAGUGCAAUAAGUGAGGGUUUCCCAUCUAUCCAAGCUCUUCUUAUAAUGUCUAUUUAUUUGGAAACGUCAUGGGUGUUCUCUGACGUUAACUUUACUUUAGUGUCUCUAGCCAUUCGAUAUGCGCAAGACAUUGGGUUACACAGGUUUGAAACAUCUGCUCAUUUGCUGGAGCCUGAACAAUUAGCAAGGCUCAAGCUUUUGGCUGUAUGCCAGUAUAUGGAUGUCGAAACAUGUUAUAGAUUAGGCAAACCGCCGUUGUUGACUUUGGAAGACGAUUCUGUGAUUGAACGAAUCGAAUCUCGUUACGAUAUGCUCUUUCAGGGCCAGCUUUCCCAACAACUCAAUGCCUCCUGUAUCGGUUGUCCCCUAGAAGACGAGAUUAUGAUCUUUAAAGUUUUCCGUCGUCUAGCACAGCUACGACUCAUGGCAUUUUAUAAGCUAUUCAACAGAUCAUUGGCAUUUGAAAGCGUGAGAGAUAUCCAGGAAAUUGUGGACUUUCUCAACACUAAGCUGUUUGAAUUUUUGAAUUCGAUUGAUGAAAGUGUCAGGCCAAAGUUUUUUAACGAACCAGGAUUUGAUGACAUGCUCCAAAAAAUAAGCAGCGGGUUAGUUUUUAAAAAUGUCAGUGCUAUGGUCUUGAGUAUGACGUACUUUAGCCAUCUCAUGACCAUUAAUAGAGUACCGUGGCAAGUUAUUGUGGAAGAAACGAUCAAUUCAUCUUAUGAGAAACCUGAUUUCCGUCGUUUAUCAUUAGACAGUGCCCGAACUAUUUUGCACUUGGUUAGGAUUAUUGACAGAAAAACUUGGCCGUUCUUGACUUUGAAUUGGAUAUUGAUUUUCCCUUUCCUGGCGGCCAUGAACUUAUGUGCUAACUGUAUGAACCACACUAAUGAUAAGGAAACGAUUAAAGAUUUGAGCUUACUAAUUGAUGUUUCUUUGAAUUUCUUUGGGUACUUUGGCAGCAUUGCUCGUGAUGAAGUGACAAGAUUACAUUACAUGCGUUUUCAACUCAUGGAUCUCUUGGUUCGAGUCAUCUUAAGGAUUGUGAUAAAAGUUGUCGAAAAGCAAAAUAACAUGAAUGUAUUGGAAACAAAUGCAGUCUUGAAAGUACACCUCGAGCAUGUUGAAACAGAAUACCCCCACAUUUUCAAGAAAGUUAAUGGUCUGACGAACAUGACGCAGAUAUUUUGCCAAGCCCCUCUCAACAACUUCUUCGUGAAGAGCAACGUAAACGGAUUAUCCCCACCAAAAUUGAAUACAGAUCAAUAUCGAAACGAUUAUGAUAACCCGCGGGUGAGCCCCUCCGUGGCAAAUAUCAUGGAACCAGAAUUUAAUGAUAAGAGGAAUGAAAUGCCGGGAGAGGAAGAGUUAAAUUACAUGGGCUACUGGGCUCGAGAAAUGACGAAUAUGCCUAACUUCUUCUUUGAUAAUGGUUUAUAG